UCAGCCGCAGCAGGAACCCGCUCCUCAGGGCGCGUCUGUCCGCUGCGAACACACGGUCGAACCGAGCGGACGAGCCGAACCGGAUGUCGGUUCCGUUAGCGUGAGUGGACCCAGGGCUCCCGCGGGCAUCCAUGGUCUAUUUCCCGGGGAUGCAAGCCGAGGCUCUGGUGGAGAUGUUUGACUCGUCGUGGAGGGUUCGGAACAUUUGGGACGGGGUUCGGCUGGAGGUGUCGGAGGACCGCAGCCCGGUGGUCCUGCACAGCUUCACCCACCUGGACCCGGACCUGCCGCUGCCGGUGGAGAGCUCGACGCAGGAGAUUGGCGAGGAGGCCGAGGAGGACGCCAUCUUCACCAUCACGCUGAGGAAGGUGCAGCUCCACCAGUCGGCCAGUAAGGGGCAGCGGUGGCUGGGCGUGGACACGGACUCGGCCCUGAGCCUCUACGAGACCUGCAAGGUCCGGACCAUCAAGGCGGGCACGCUGGAGCGCCUGGUGGAGUACAUGGUGUCGGCGUUCAGGGGCAAAGACUCCACCUAUGUCACCAUCUUCCUCUGCACCUACCGCUCCUUCGCCACCACCAGGCAGGUGCUGGACCUGCUGCUCAACAGGUAUGCCAAGCUCCAAAAUGUGCCUGCAGCCACAGCCCACCGAGUGUCCCAGGACGACUGCACAGAGCUGAGGAACACUGUGUCGUCCAUCCUGGGCGCCUGGUUGGACCAGUACUCGGAGGACUUCUGGACCCCCCCCAGCUACGACUGUCUGCACCAGCUUCUGUCCUACCUGCACGUCCACUUCCCCGGCUCGGACCUGGAGCGCCGAGCCCGGAACCUCCUGGCCCACUUCCACCGGCGGCAGCAGUGGGAACACAUCGGAUGCCCCUUCGCCACGCAGGAGGAGAGCGGCUUCGAGGACGAGCUUCCCGCCUUCAGCUUCCUGUCCUUCGACCCCAUCAUGGUGGCGGAACAGUUCACGCUCAUGGACGCGGAUUUGUUUAAGAAGGUGGUCCCGUACCACUGCCUGGGGGGGAUCUGGUCCCAGCGGGAUAAGAAGGGGAAGGAGCACCUGGCCCCCACCAUCCGGGCCACCGUCGCCCAGUUCAACUCCGUCACCAACUGUGUCAUCACCACCUGCCUGAGUAACCCCACGCUGAAGCCCAACCAGAGGGCCCGGCUGCUGGAGAGGUGGAUCGACGUGGCCCGGGAGUGUCGGAUUUUGAAGAACUUCUCGUCGCUGCGUGCCAUCCUCUCCGCCCUUCAGUGCAACGCCAUCCACCGCCUGAAGAGGACCUGGGAGGAGGUGUCGCGGGAGAGUUUCCGUACUUUUCGUGAACUGUCAGAAAUCUUCUCCGACGACAACAACUACUCCCUGAGCCGAGAGCUGCUGGUCAAGGAGGGAACGUCCAAGUUCGCCACGUUGGAAAUCAACCCUAAACGGGCUCAGAGGAGACACCAACAGCAGAGAGACCUGGGUGUGAUGCAGGGGACGAUUCCUUACCUGGGGACGUUUCUGACCGACCUGGUGAUGAUGGACACGGCCAUGAAGGACUACACCGAGGGCGGACUCAUCAACUUCGAGAAGAGACGAAAGGAGUUCGAGGUCAUCGCUCAGAUUAAGCUGCUCCAGUUGGCCUCCAACAACUACAGUUUCACUCAGGACAGUCACUUCAGGGAGUGGUUCGCUGGUGUCGAGAAGCUCAGCGAGGCCGAGAGCUAUAAUCUGUCCUGUGAGAUCGAGCCUCUGUCGGAGUCGGCCAGUAACACGCUGCGAGCCAAGAAGAACGGCGGCAUCAUGAAACGCUGGAGCGAUCGUCAGCUGACCGAGGCGGGCUCCAGCGGCGCCGGCUCCCAUUCCAAGUCCUUUGACCACUCCCACUACCGGCCAUACCAGGGAGGGGGCGGGGACAGCGGCGACGCCCUCAGCGUCACCUCCGUCAGCUCCAGCGGGUCGGACCUGGAGGACGUCAACGCCAGCUUCCUGUCGGAUUCACCUGAGGGACACGAGAGGAAGACGUCGACGCCUUCGGUGAAACUUUCCGUGACGGCGUUGGGGAGGGAAGCUCCACCCACAGACACAACGUCUACGUUCUGGGAGUGCACGUCGCUGUCGUCACUCGACACCUCGGGGAUGGGCUCCAGCUCCGGCUCGGCCUCGGGCUCCAGCAGCGCCUCGUCCUCGUCCGUGUCGUCGUCCACGCCGCUGUCGGCCUCGCGCUCGCACAAGCGCUCAGUGUCGGCCGUGUCCAACUACUCCACGCUGUCGCUGCCGCUGUACAACCAGCAGGUGGACGACUGCUGCAUCAUCCGCGUCAGCCUGGACGUGGAGAACGGGAACAUGUACAAGAGCAUCCUGGUGACGAGUCAAGACAAAACCCCGGCCGUCAUCAGGAAGGCGAUGAUCAAACACAAUCUGGAGCGAGAGAAGACCGAGGACUACGAACUGAUGCAGAAAAUCUCUGAGGACAAAGAGCUUCGGAUCCCGGAUAACGCUAACGUCUUCUACGCCAUGAACUCCACUGCCAACUAUGACUUCGUGCUGAAGAAGCGCGGUUCGCUGCGGCCGGUUCGCGCCAAGAACGUGGCCAGUUCGACGCUGCCUCGCAUGAAACAGAAGGGACUGAAAAUAGCCAAAGGGAUUUUCUGAGGACUGAUGACGCAACACUUCUGCCGCCGCCGCCGCCACUUUCCCCUUCCCCUUCCUCCUCCUCCUCCUCCUCCUGCUGCUGCUGCCUCCUCCUCUGAUGAUGAUGAUGAUGAAGAGGAGGGGGCGUGUCACAGACUGAAACGCUGUAAACAAACAGCAGGAAGCAGAGGAGCGCUCGAGCACUUACAGCUGUGGCGUCGUCGGGGGCGUCCACGGAGGCGGAGCUUGUCCAAGCGUCCAAACUCGCACCGGCCUCCACUGGGUCUGUAAUAUCACACGGGAGGACGCGUCACCAGGCGGAAAAAGCAGAUCUGUCGUUUCCCGCCUCAUUGCCUUUUUUUUUUUGUUUACAACAUUAUUUCCCGUUUUCUGUUCGAGUUUUUUUUUUUUCCUAAAACGAGGAUUCGCCACCUUCACACCUUUUCAUCCGACAGGUUUUUCUAAAGCCCAGCGGCACCGGCGUCAACAUAAACAUCACGAAGCCGCCACUAGAGGGCGCUCGAAUGUGUUUCUAUUUUCAGGGAAGCUUCGUCGUGUCGUUCUUCACUUCUUCGCCGCCUUCGCCGUCCGCCUUGUCCCGGUGGGUCCUGAUGUCCGCAGAACCUCCCCUCCUUCCGCCGGGACUGGUGUCGGCGUCUUCGUGGAAGGAUGUUCUGCCGUGGUGUCAAACCCCAGCCUCACGCCACUUCUUCUUCUUCUUCUUCUUCUUCUACUACGUUUUCAUAACCACUACAGCGUGAAGGAUGUGGCGGUCCUUAAAUGAUCAGGACACGAGACGAUCCUGAGAACAAAAAAGAAACAAAAAAACAAAACUGAGUGUAAAUAAUAUCACCGAAACGGACCAUGAGAUUUUGUUAAUAGAUUUGUCACGAUAUCAACACUUUGUUUUUCUUCGCUUUGUACAUUUUGUUUUUUGCAUCUCUGCUCUGAUAUGGUGCUGCUGAUUAUUAUCUUUGUGUCGUCUUAUUCCAGACCGCCGGCUGCCAUGUUUGAAGACAGAAAGACCAAGGAAAUACCACUUUUUUUUUUACUGCAAGUCAGUCCUGAGUUUACCUUGAACUCACCCACAGUUCUGAGGCCAGGAGUAAAAAUAUUCCACUAAACAGAAUGUGAAACAGUGCCCUCUGCUGGACAAAAUAUGGAACUAACAAACUGUUGUUUUUUGUUUCUAUGCUGCCAGUUUUUGUUUCCUAUCAGCCAAAAUCUAUAGAAAAUAAAUUAAAUAUUCAAAUUUAAUAUAUGAAAUAAAGUAACGAGCUAAUAUCAACCAGAUUAAAUCAUUUCUGAGUUAAAGUUGGUUUUAUUUACAGUAGAGAAAUAAAGAUAAACACAUUCAAACGACUACUAAAAGCAGGAAAUGGAGAUUCAAAGGCAAAAAUACUAGGUUUUGCUGUUAAUUUUUAAAUUUUUUUAAAGGUCACAGAAUAUUAGAAACGGUAAAAUACAAACUUACAUCAUAUGACAUAAAGCUGAUAGUUAAACAGCGCCCUCAGCUGGACAAACUGCUCUUAUUCAGCUUUAACGUGUUUUCUGUUUCUCUCCUGCCAAGUUUUGCUACUAUUUGGCCAAAAUAUAGAGAAAAUAAAACACAGCCAGUAAGUAUAACAUUUAAAAUCUUUUGUAUUUUUUUUUUAAGUGCCAGAUUUGUUUGUUUACAAAAACAGAAAUUAUUAUAAGAAAACUGAUAAUGUUGAUUUUUAACAGUUUGGCAUAAAUUCCAGCGUUAAAUCUGUCAUUAGAUAAAUUCAUGUCUGUUAGUAACGAUUACAACACAACUUACAUUUUUAAAUCUUUUUUUUGUUGUUUCAUGUCAUUGAUAAAACAUGAAAACUAGCUUAAUUUUUUUACAAUCUAUUUGCCAUAUAUGCACCAUAUUGAUAGUAAAACUAACAAAAAGCAGCACUUAAAAUAAACGUAAUGUGCAUAAUUUCGGAAAAAAAAAAAAAACAUAAAACUUUAAAUAAUAUGAUUAUUGAUUGGCUGUAAAUGAAACACAUUCCCAAUGAAAACAAUGACACAAACUUUAUUCUGAAAGAAAAUCUCUGUUUUCCAUUUUCACAAAAGUACAAACUGGAUGAAUCCAUUUAAUUCCAUAUUUUCCAGCAUUAGGUCAAUAAACACAAACCACAUGAAUGUUGUGAUUAAAACACGUUCAGCUCUGUUUAGUGAUGGUUCUUCCAACAUGGCGGCUUCGUAUCCGUUGGUUACCGCUCUCCAAAUGUGCCAUGACAGGUCCGUCCUGCUGAUUUAUCCUGCAGGACGUCUCCACGGUGACAAGGCCGUCUCCACGGCGACGUGGAGGACUGCUCUGAAAACUGGUCAAAGUGAAGUUAAAUGUGAGGAUCAGACUCUUCUGUCUAAAGGUCAGAAGUCCUUCAUCGAAAUAAGUGAUGGCCUUUUUCCAAAUUCCAUCCAACCAAACUGAUUGUAAUUGACCUUUAAAGGUACAAUUUACCAAACGAAGACGAGUGAACUCCAAAUGUCAGCAGAGUUUUUUAAAGGCCUGAACUGUAGUAAAAAAGUAUUGCUUAAACUCAGACUUUUUACCUGGAUUCUGAAGUUAAACCUUUUUUUUUCUCGUCGGGGCUUCAAAAGCAGCAUUUCCAUGUUGACUUUGGGACAUUAAAGGGGCAAUUUGUAAUAUUUUUAGCUGAAAACAUUUAGAAAUUUUGCAACAUCAGUGUCAAUUUCAUGCUAUUUUUUUUUAGUACCAAAUGUGUAACUUUAACUUAUAACAAAAAUUCUUCCUGUCACAGCUUUGACAUGGCAUUAAACGGUCGGUUUGAGAAAUUAAAGGGGCAACUAGUAAUUUUUUUAGUUGAAGCCAUUCAAAACUUUAGUCACAAAUUUAAAAAUAUUGCAAGUUGCCUCUUUAAUUUUGCAACGUCGUUUCUAAAUUCCGUGUCAAAGUCCUGAAUUUUCAAACAACGUAAAAAUAUGUCAAAUUGCCACAUUAAUUUCCAUGAACAACAGCGUGAACAUGUAUGUGCUGCUUUAAAUCCCCAAAAGGAUAGAAGUUUUGUUCAAGUACGAAAAGAAAUUACAAAUUGCUCCUUUAAUUUCUGAAUAGUUAAAUUCUGUUUCAAAGCAACUUUUCAUUAAAUUCUGAAUUCAGGUAAAAAUUCUGCAUUAGAACAUCCCAGAUUCUAUGUGAAAAUGUUUACAUUAGCCACCAAACUAGCGGAAAAAAUGGAUGAUGACAUGACUAGUGGCUUAAAAAUCCACUGUCACUUUGUUUUAAAGGAAAAAUCCAACCUUACGCACCUUCACCUUUAGAAAAAAAAAAAAAAAAGCAUUUCUGGUUCCAUUAUGUCUUUGUUUCCUGUGAAAAACUCGGUAAAAGUGGCAUCGCAUCCAAGUGUUUCUGACUUUUUUAAGGGCUUCUUUUUUGGAUGGCACAAUUUUUUUUGGUUUUUUGUUUUGCCCUGUGGCAUUCUGGGAAAUGUAGGAACUCCUCAUUGGGAGAAAGCGGUUGGAUUUUUCCUCAUCACUAAACACUACAUCCGUCUGGCUUGCACUUCCACCAUGUAUUGCCUUUUUUUUUUUUUUACUUUCACCUGCAUGACGUUCAUGAGUUUAAGAGUGAAAACGAUCGGACUGAAAACGAAAAACCUGGGAAGCAAUAUGGUGACGAGCAGCAGGGGGAGGGAGGGGCGGCGGCGGCGGUGGGGGCGGGGACAGUCGUGAUGGGAUGUUGUUUGGCGUGAAAUCCUUUUGCUGUUUAACACUGUGACCUUUGACCCUUUCACUCCUGCCUGUCGUUUCUGAUCGGCGUGUCGUGUCGAGCACUGUGAACAAGAAAAAAAAAAAAAAAAAGAAGAAGACGACGGGAAGAAGACGUCUCCCUCGGCGGCGUCUCGGUGAAACCCCGCCCCCACCCUUCGCUCAUCACCGCGGCGACCGGAGGCAGCAGGCUUCGACCCUUCAUGUGCCAAAAAUAAACGUGAGAAAACAAGUACCGAGUCCUCUGCCUUUCACAGUGAAAAAAAAAUCAGUUUGUAUGUUUACUGUCGUUGCAUUUUUCAGAGUAAAAAAAAAAAAGAAAAAAAAAAAACAGAACAAAAAAAAAUUUAACAGGCGAUCACGAAGAAAAAAAAAACGAGUGUUGAGAUGAAACUGUCGAUGCAGAUGAAGCUGUUGUAGAAGCAGAUGUUUGAUGGAACGCAGCCUGAGGUUUGGUUUUACAUGUGCAAUGUUCGGUUUUAUCCGGAUCUGAAGGAUUAGAUUGUGUUCGUUUUUUCAUUAUUAUUCAUAUUUUUCAGUUUUCAUAUUAUUCAGUACUUUUCAGUUGCAGAUUUUUGAAAUUUGUCAUCACUAAAUACUUCAAACAGCCUCUGAAAUUUAUGCCGUUUGUUUCAUGUUUUGAGGAUGAAAACCUGUAGUUACACACUUUCAUCGAUACCACUGUCUUGUUUUUAGUUAAACUUUCGUCAUUUCGCUGCAAAAAUAAGAACAAAAUCCAGAAAUAGUAGCAAUAAAGCUGCACCAAAUAGUUUCAAUAAUGUAUUAAUCUUUUCAGUGAUUGGCUGUGAUUACUUCUGUUCAGCUCUUUUAUGCCAUUUUAUAGAUUAAUACAUUAAAAAUAACACAUUUGAUCGAUUAAUCAGUGAGCGUUAGUCACAUGCCAACAAAAUUUAGCAACUUUUCGUGCGACCCAAGCAAGUUUUUUUUUCCUAAAAAGCACUUAUAGCAACUUCCAAAUGUGAUUCUGAAGUAAAAACACCCAUAUUUUCUCUCUACGCAAAAAAUAAAUUAAGAAAUAAUAUAUGUAUUGUGUUAAAACUAAAAAAAAAAAUGUAAUAAAUUUUGAGUAAUGUCAUUGUUUUCCCUGAAAAUCUUUUGUUGAUUUAUUCGUUUUCAGUUGAAAGAAAAGAGAAGCACUUUAUUUUUCCCACUUGACUUGAAUGCCUCAUCAGGAGUUACUGAGUGAAAUGGGCUGCUGCGUUCAGGACCUUGAAUUCGAGCAGUAUUUUUCUGUUUUUUCUGUUUUUUUUCUUGGGUUUGGUGUUUCUACAGCAGCUUCGUCUCCUCAGCGUGGUGUUCGCGUUCCCUGCCCGGGGCGGAGGACGUGAGCGGGCGUGGAAGCGGCGGGCGUACCGUACGUGGCGUGAAUCCGGGCUGUUUGUUCCUGCGAUUGCGAGCGUUUGAUGUUGGACUGGUCUGUGUUCGUAGUUGACAUGAUGUACCCACCUUUGUGAUUUGACCUGAUUCUGUGCGAGUUUGAACAAAAACAAGGCUGCGUUUACACAAAAAAAAAA